AUUGAAAAUCAAGGAGUUCAUUGCCCAUUGGCUGGAUUCGCUGGAUAUGUUUCACCGCCCAUUUCAAUUUUCAUAUGCUCCGGCGAAAAAUGGCGGGACUGAUUGUGCUUUUGCUUCUCUUCUUGAAAGGCAAAUCCAGGCUCCGAUGAGCGAACGAUGAUGAAACUGCUCUCUCCCUUGCACAGACACGUUCCUUUCUUCAGGAAACCUCAACUUCAGUGGAGGGCUCUCACAGUCACAACCGAUCAAUAUCAUCCAGACUACCUCCAAUUCGAUCAAACCAUAGCUUCGCUUCAGUCCGCCUCUUCGAACCUCUGUUUUGCUCUUUUGGGUAUCUGCAGAAACAUCGUUUCCCUCAAGAAAAUUCAUGGCUUGUUCAUCGUCCAUGGCUUUACCGGCGACCUUCUAUGCGAGACCAAAUUGGUCAGCUUGUAUGGUCUUUAUGGGCACAUUGAAAUUGCCCGUUCGGUGUUCGAUCGAAUCCAGAACCCCGACUUCUAUUCCUGGAAGGUGAUGAUUAGAUGGUACUUCAUGAAUGAUUUGUAUCAGGAAAUUAUCCGGGUCUAUAUCCGCAUGAGGGAAUGUAUCGGAGAGCAUGACAACGUUGUUUUCUCGAUUGUAUUGAAGGCGUGUAGUGAGUUGCGGGAUUUUGAUGAAGGAAGGAAGGUACAUUGCCAAGUUGUUAAGGUUGGGAGUCCUGAUAGUUUUGUGUUGACGGGUCUUGUAGACAUGUAUGCCAAGUGCGGAGAGAUUGAUUGUUCCCGCCAUCUGUUUGAUGAAAUUCCUGAGAAAAAUGUUGUUUCUUGCACCUCGAUGAUUGCCGGGUAUGCGCAGAAUGAUUGUGCAGAAGAAGGGUUGAUUUUGUUUAACCGGAUGAGAGAAUGGACGGUUGAAGUCAACCAAUUUACCUUGGGGAGCAUAGUCACAGCUUGUACAAAGUUGGGAGCUCUACAUCAAGGAAGGUGGAUUCAUGGGUAUGUGAUUAAAAGUGGGAUUGGUCUUAAUUCUUUUUUGGUGACUGCUGUCCUGGACAUGUAUGUCAAGUGUAAAGCCAUUAGAGAUGCUCGUUCCAUAUUUGAUGAGUUUUCUAUUGUUGAUGUUGUCUCCUGGACGGCAAUGGUUGUUGGGUACAGUCAGAGUGGCUUACCUUACGAGGCUUUGAAGUUGUUUACAGAUAAGAGACCAAUGGGCCUCUUACCCAAUUCUGUGACUGCAGCAAGCGUGCUUUCAGCGUGUGCACAGUCGCACAGUUUGAAUUUGGGUCAGUCAACUCACAGUCUUGGUAUUAAGCUUGGGCUGGAAGAUGCUAUAGUGAAAAAUGCUCUUGUUGAUAUGUACGCAAAGUUCCAUAUGAUUGGUGAUGCUCGUUAUUUAUUCGAGACAUUUUCAGACAGAGACGUGGUUUCUUGGAAUUCAAUUAUUUCUGGGUAUUCCCAAAAUGGUUCUGCAUAUGAAGCCCUGAAGCUAUAUCAUCAGAUGAGGUUGGAAUCUGUCUUACCUGAUGCAAUUACAAUAGUGAGUGUCCUUACAGCUUCUGCUGCUCUUGGUGCUCUCCAAUUUGGUUCUUCUCUUCAGGCCUACUCUAUAAAAGAGGGUCUAUUAUUAUCUAAUGUCUAUGUUGGCACUGCAUUUCUGAACCUGUACGCCAAAUGUGGGGAUGCAAAAUCUGCCCGUAGAAUUUUUGAUCAAAUGGGGGACAAGAACGUGAUUACUUGGAGUGCAAUGAUUCGUGGUUAUGGAGUGCAUGGGGAUAGUUGUGAGUCACUCGCACUUUUUAGUGAUAUGUUGAAAGAAGAUUUGGAGCCUAAUGAAGUAAUAUUUACAGCCAUUUUAUCAGCCUGUAGCCAUACUGGGAUGGUUGGGGAGGGUUGGCAGUGUUUUAAUUUAAUGUGUCAGGACUACAACUUUGUGCCUUCAAUGAAGCAUUAUGCAUGUAUGGUUGAUCUGUUAGCUCGUUCUGGAAGGCUUGAAGAAGCCUUGGAUUUUAUUGAGAAAAUGCCGGUUCUACCAGAUGUUAGUUUAUUUGGUGCUUUUCUCCAUGGAUGCAGACUCUAUUCAAGGUUUGACCUCGGUGAGGUGGCAGUCAAGAGACUGCUAGAGUUGCAUCCUGAUCAAGCUUGUUACUAUGUGCUCAUGUCAAACUUAUAUGCUUCAGAUGGAAGAUGGAACCAGGCUAAUCAAGUGAGGCAGUUGAUGAAGAAGCGAGGACUGAGCAAGUCUCCUGGGAGUAGUCUAGUGGGACCAGAUAUCCAUGAUGAAUCUUCUUCCCUGAGAUUGGCAUCGCUUGCAUAAAAAUGUAUAUAUAUACUUCAGAGCGUAGCUAUAAUGACUUGUAAUGGCACCUAAAAUGCUUCCCUGGUUUUGGCUAUUGCAAAGGAUGAUCAAGGAGUUUCUAUAAAUGAUCAUUAAGAUGCAGGUCUGCCAUGCCAUGAUACAUUAGACUGAUGUGGAAUUCUUGCUCAUGGCCUUGUGGGCAGGCUUUCUUUCGUCUUGAGGCUCAUCAAUAGUUCAGAUAAGUUGCUCUGGGGUGCUUGAUAUGUCUAUGUUAGACAGAUGAUGACUUCAUCAAUGGAAUUCUUGUCAUGGAUCUGUCAGAGGGUAAAUACCCAGUUGAAGAAAAUGAGGCUGCGGACAUCUGCUUGGUGUCAUAUUCCAAACAAAAGAUUCUUUGCUGUGAUCUCAAUGCAUUUUGGUUCAGCUUAUUAAUUUCUAGGUUUUCGUGGAUGUCUUCAAGUAUGAUGAAGAUUUAAGCUAUGCUGCAAUUUCAUCAAUGUUUAUCCACAGUGCAAGAGGGGAGGUUAUGAUCUAAGGAUGCUCAGAGGCCAUGGCUUUAUAAAUGAGAUGAUGAAUUAAUACAUGUAAAGAUGGCAUAUGGGCUGAAUGACUUGCAGUGUGGAUGAUGCAAAAAUGCGUGGACUUCUAAUAUUUUUGUAUGGACCAAAGGAUCUGGGUUUUCUCAAGGAACCAGUUUCCAGUUUCUUUGGUCAUAUAUCAUUGUCCUCAAAAAAAAACCAGGCAUCAAGCUUUAAGGGGGAUAUAGUAGUUGUUUUUUUUUUUUCCCAUAGGAAGACAAAAGACGAUGUCUUUUCAGGUAUGAAUUAUGUUUAUGAAAGGUAAGGACCAUGGUUAUAUUAUGUAUCCCUUGUAGACAUGGUCCAAUUUUGUAAUUUAUAACCCAAGUUUCUAAUGAUUGAAAGGAAGUUCACUUACAGAACUUAGAUUUUGAAUGAUAACUGAGAAAGGCUCCUGCAGCAAGAUACCAAA